AUGCAAUGGCAUGCCAACACAGAUCACUUGACGUUAACUAUGAAACCACCACCAACUGCUCCUAUUACCAAACGAUCAUUAUUACGUUACAUUGCACAAUUUUUCGACCCUCUAGGCUUCCAAGCACCCGUUAUAAUAACUUACAAAAUAUUACUGCAAGAUAUUACUAAAACGGGCGCUGAUUGGGAUGAACCCUUGAAGCCUCAAUAUCAAAAUCAAUGGUCAAGACUACAAGCGUACUAUUCUCAAUCACCAAUCAAAAUCGCAAGGUUACAACCAAUGGCGAUGGCAGAAUUGCACAUCUUCGCUGAUGCAUCAUCUCGCGCAUAUGCCACUGCAAUUUACUUCAAACAAGAAAACCAAGUAACUCUUUUCUACGCAAAAGCUCGACUAUGUCCAAUCAAAGGGCUAACAAUACCACAACUGGAACUUCUCGCAAUUCUCAUAAGUGUUCGCGCAAGUAACUUUAUAAUCAAACAGCUUAACCUUGUGAAUAUCAAACGAACAAUAUGGACCGAUAGUAAAUGUGCGCUAGCCUGGAUCAACUCAGGCAGCAGUGAAAAAUUGUCGCGCUACGUUCGAAACCGAUUGAACGAAGUACGACUUACAAAAGAUAUAGCGUAUGCCUAUGUACCAACCGAAGACAACCCAGCAGACGUGGCUACAAGGGGUUUGUCUUGGGAAAACUUCAUCACAGAAGAUAAAUGGUGGAAUGGCCCACGAUGGCUUCGAAACGACCAGUCAAAAUGGCCAUUCACUCCAACUGUACCCGCUCAUGGAAAUGAAAAUACGCCCGAUCCACCUUCUAAAGUAGCAUCAAAUGCAUCGACAGUUAUCCAAUGUCUCGAACCCACUCAGUUCAUAGACGCGAAAAAAUUCAGCAGUUGGACACGUCUUGUCGAUAUUGUUGCAUGGAUGUUACGAUUUCUACACAAUGCACGUCACUCAACAAAUACCUACUUAGAUGAGAUAUCAUCUACCGGUCUCCUUAGCGCAAAUGACCGUCGUAUAGCCGAACAUUAUCUUAUACGACAGGUUCAAAACAGUUCGAUCUCAACAAAAGAGAUACAACGUUGGCAACUUAUUCAAGACGCCAAAGGCAUAUGGCGAUGUCAUGGUCGCCUCGCAGAAACUGUUCUACCACGUGCUGAACAAUUUCCUAUCUUCUUGCCACGUGGCGUUUAUGAACGCUUGAUCGGACUGACAAAGAACUGCAUGCGAAAAGCCGUAGGGCGCCGAUUAUUAACCGAUGCCACACUUCGCACAUUCGUCACAGAAGUCGAGGCAGUCCUGAACGAACGACCACUCACUUACGUCGAGAAUGAGAAUAUAGAAGUUCUUCGUCCAAUCGACUAUCUCCGACCACGAGCACACUUAGCCCUCAGUAUGAAAGAAAAUGCUGAAAUGGAAGCCGAAUUCAACCCACACCCUCCAUCUACACGUCAGCAGUUCCUAGACGAAUGGCGAAAAUCAGAAGAGUAUCGGAACAAGUUCUGGAUAAUCUGGUCACGAGAAUAUCUCCAACUUCUUCGAGAGCGUGAACAACAGCUCCAUAAAGGACCAUACGCCCAAGAACGUCGCACUCCUAGAAUAGGAGAAGUUGUUCUACUGAACGAGCAAAACCGUCCUCGUUGCAUGUGGCGACUAGCUCGAAUCGUCGAAACGCCAGAAGGUUCGGGACAUGCGAUUCGGACAGCUCGAAUCAAAUUAGCAACCGGACGAACCCUAGUCCGUUCUAUCGCACAUCUAUAUCCGCUCGAAGUGACUCUUACGGACACUAUCGCGAACAACUCCACGCCAACUCCCAAACAAACUCAAUUUCCCCGUCUUAACUCAACAUUUACUCAUCACACAACAAUCCUCACCAUCGUAUCACUUAUAAUGCUCGCAGUACCAGCGCAAUCAACUUUCAGCGCACAGCUCUGCCCUUACAAACAAACGGGAAUAUUCAUGCGUCUGCCUCCUCCAAUAAAUUGUACUUCUAAUGUAAUACAAAAUUGGAGCCGUCAACAAGCAGCUGUAUAUAGAAGACAUCUAAUACCAUUAAACGCAACAUUCUGCUCGAAAUACACCAGAACGGUUUGCACUUGGGCUUUCCUCCGAUGGAGUUUGCAAGUUGUAAGCGAUGUUCACUCGAUUGACAGUGUCCCACUCAAAGACUGUCAGAAACUACACCAACAAAAAAGUCUCGGCUCAAUCGAACUGCAAUCAACAAAUUCGUCUCAUAAAUGGACAUCACGAAAUCCUGUCCAUUAUUCAUAUGCGUUUUUCGGGGAGGAUUGCCAGUCAACCGUGAACUACGCAGUUGAAGAAGGCGAAGUUGUCCUAUUCGAUGGGCACAGUUCAAUCGAUAGCUUCACACGCACAAAAGGCUGUUCACCCAAACAGAAUCAUUGUUUCACCGCCCACGAAACCAUAAUGUGGAAUAUCUCUGAUCUCCACAGUCAAUGUCAAUACAAAUUAGAUGGAAUUUAUGCAGCACAAGUUUCGUCAACCGAAAUCUUCGUACACAUCCUACAAGAAGCCUUCGUAAUAAUUCCGAAACAACCAGCCCUCCUGCAAGGCUGUCACAUAACUAAUCCAGUAUACACUGAAAACGACAUCGUCAUCUCAUUCGACUCCCCAGAAACACAUGAUCCACUACAAGAUGACGACGCAGUAGCACAAGAAGAAUCCAGAAUAUUUAUGCAGGAAAAGAUAAAAGGUCGACCGAACAUAAUAAAUCCUGUGCUGCAAUACUUGCAAGACAUAGAGAGGAAAAGAAAUGCACUCAAAUGGUGCUCAGUGAAAAAUGAAUUCCACGCAAUUGUACGUUGGAUAAGUAUUCACGACCCGACAUCCGCUGUCCGACUUCUAUUAGGUCGGUCAGAUGUCUCAGCUCGCCAAGUUGGACAUACACUACUAGUCUCCAAAUGUCACAGGGUACCAGCUACAGACAUACGCUGGGACCAUCAUAGGAACGGGAAAUGCUUCGAACGGUUACCAGUAACUAUCGACGGAAGAAAUGUAUUCGUGGAACCAUACACUCACGACGUCGUGACCGAAUCACAAGAAUUAUCAUGCACGCUGUACAAAUUGCCUGUGAACGUCAGCGAAAUCGCAGAUAACAACUUAGAAAUACUCACAAACAGAACGAUACAAACAAUCUUCAACGCGAAACAGCCAAAAGACAUUUCUCUCCAAUUCAUUCACUUAGCCUUGGAUCAUCUCCAGUCGUCGAACCUAGCAUAUGAAGAGAGUUCGACAACAAAUCAGACGCAAAGAUCGUGGUGGACGUCUUCAGAAGAACAGUUGAAAGAACUGGGACAUCAAGUCGAAAAGACGACAGAAGAAAUAUCGCAAACUUUAAUAAGUGUUGCACACUACUGGCGAUGGAUCACAGCUGGAGGAGCGUUAGUGAUCACCGCAGCAGCCGCAGUCUUCAUUUGCGUACAAUGCCCAGUAAAAGAAUUGCAGACACCUUUCUCACAACAGGAGUCAACAACAGAUGCUGAGAUGUCAGACUCCCCGCCCUUGCAAACAACAGACAGGAAAAUUCGGCCGGUAUCGCACUACCCAUACAAACCACCUGCAAUCCCAAACUCCCUCAGAGGGCCCCUUCAACGCAAACAACACCGCAAUUCCAGCAACUUUUGA